AUGGAUACUCAAGUUAUUUCAACAAUUUGUUCGAAUAUCUUACCUCAAAUUCAUUUACAAGUACAUAAACUCACUGUUGAAGAGCAUUCAAUGAAACAAAUGCUUUAUGCUGCCAAUUAUCCUCAACUUUAUUCAUUAUCACUUGUAAAUUUUCACGAAAUAACACUUCAUCGAUAUUUAACAGAUGAUUUAAUUCUCCGUGAUCUUUUGACCAAACAAAUAACUCAUUUGAAUAUUGAUAUUAUAAAACCAGUUGAACUCUGCUCGGAAAUUGUUUCAAAUAUGUUUGCAUUAAUCUUAUCUUUAUGUAAAAAAUUAAUUGCAUUGAAUUUUUGUGAUAUGUUUCCUACACGACAGUUUCAGAGUCUUAUUUUCCAUGUUAUAUUGGAGAUUUUUAUAUCUUCAACUUUAAUGAAAUUGAAAAUUAAUGUUGUGAGUUUAAUUGAUUGUCUCUAUAUACUUGAUGGACCUUUCGUUUGUUUAUCAACAUUAAUUAUUAAUAUUGGACAAAUUUUUCAUAUAUGUCUACGUAUUGAUCCAACAGUAAUUGGAAGAUUGAAUUCAACUUAUAUUGAUGGUAUUCAAUUAUAUGAUCAAUUUCUUAUUUAUAUGACACAAUUAAAGAAAUUUACAUUUAAUAUCAAGUCCGAGGUCUACGACAUGAAUGUUGAAGUUGAACUUCAAUCGAAUGAAGAUAUUCAACGUAGUUUCAUCGGAAGAGGUUAUCAAAAAGUAGCUUCAUAUGUUAAUACUAACGUAUGUUCUAGAUAUAGCGAAUGCCAUAUCUAUUCACUUCCGUAUGAUUUCGAAUUUUAUGUUUAUCCCCAAAAUUCUUUUCAACGUGGCAUGUUUCAUAAAGUUCGAAAAUUGAAGAUGAGUGAUGGAAUUCCAUUUGAACAUAAAUUAUUUAAAUUCAUCGCUCAAGAAUUUCCUUUCUUCAAAUUUUUAUAUAUAUGUAAUGAUAAUCGACAAGACGACAAGCAAGAUUCAUCAACAUUAAUUACAUUUCCUUAUCUCACAUUUCUUGACUUAGAAAAGGCACAUGUUGACUAUGCUGAAUUAUUUCUGUUGGAAAAAAAUAUGCAUCUACCUUGUUUGGUAGUGAAAACAAAAACAGAACGUUCAACAGUUAUUUCUGUUCUCCAAUGGACACUUCUUCGUCAUGUAACUCAAUCACUUGACCAAAUAAAUGAUGAAGAUACAAAAAAGAAUAUACUUUGGAAAGAAAUGUAUUGGUUAAAUCAAUAUUGGGCUCAACCUGUACCUAAAUCAAGUAUAGCUCCAAAAUAUUCGCAAAGACUUUUUAUUACUAAAUCACUGAACACUCGACGUGAUCUUUAUGAAUAUUUAUGGGAUGAAGAAGCACGAAGAGAACGUCUUCGAUUUCGAAUGAAAAAAAGAAAAGAAAAAUUUGCUGCUACGUUCGAUUCUAAUCGAUUGGAAUCUCCUUUUCAUCGAGGGUGUGGGUGUGGGCGUGGGUGUGGAUGUGGGUGUGGGUGUGGGUGUGGGUGUUCUCCCAUCGCACCUAAACCCACACCCUACACAUCCACACCUAAACUCACACGCACACUCAAACCCACACACCCACACCCUGUCUUAAAAUCUUUGGGAUAAGUCACUACUCGAAUAUGCAUUAAUAACAGAAACACUGAUAUUUCUAUUCAGUUUUUCCGAACUCUUCAUCUUCAAAUUGCUAUAAAUCCAUCACAUUUGAUCAAAACUCGCUUAACGUUUUUCCGAACUGUAGUCACUUACCCUUCUUAUGUGUGACUAACGUAUAUCUCCGGUGGCUGUCCUUGUUGAAUUCUCAUGACUUCGAAAGCUUAUUCACUGCUUGUUAAGUUACAGUCCUGUUCUAGUACUUCUUUGGUUUUUGUUCUUUACAUUUUUUUUGUUUUGACGUUUGCAUUCUUAUCUGAAAGAAUAAAGACGAUUUAGUGUUGUAUUUUUCUUGUUAGGUUGUUUUUUUUGUUUUUGACGACGGAGCAGAGAUAUUCUCAGUGUCGCACUGCAGAACCAAAAGACAGAAAUACAAACAUCGAAAUUAAUUUCACAAUGUUACCAAAAACUCGGAGUAUUCUGCAUCAGAGAACCGUGAGAUAUAUUAUAAUUCCAAU